GGGUCGCCUGGCCUGAUAUGCACCGUCUGGCUGACAGAGUCCAUCUGGAGGAGUUGACUAAAAUUGGCAUUCUGAAAGGCAAUGUAGAUGACAUGGUGAAGGUUCAUCUGGGUGCAAUAUUUAUGCCACACGGACUUGGACAUCUACUUGGAAUCGAUGUGCAUGAUGUUGGAGGCUACCCAGAGGGAGUGGAACGCAUUGACCUGCCAGGGCUCAGGAGCCUGCGCACUGCCCGCAGCCUGGAGCAGGGCAUGGUGCUGACCAUCGAGCCGGGCAUCUACUUCAUCGACCACCUCUUGGACCAAGCCCUCCAUGAUCCUGCACAGUCCUGUUUCAUCAACAAUGACGUCCUGCAGCGAUUUAGAGGAUUUGGUGGGGUCCGGAUCGAGGAUGACAUCGCAGUGACAGCCAGUGGAAUGGAGCUGCUAACGUGCGUCCCACGUACUGUUGAAGAAAUAGAGGCUUUCAUGGCAGAAGGCCAAAGCAGUGCCAAGACAUUUGACUGCCUCUCCAGCCAAAAGCAGUAAACUUCAGGAUGAUACUUACUGUCUCACACUAAUCAAUCAUCAUUCUGAUUUAAUGCUGCAGCAUAUAAAAUAAAAUGCAUCCAAUUCUUAAUAGCAAGAGAAGCAGGCAGGCUAUUAGCCAGAAUGAUUCAUUCAUUAAAAAUGGAAGUAGGCAGCUUCAGUACUUGAUAUCCAGCUAACUCAAAUGCUGCUGUUUGCAAUCAGCAGUUUACAUUACCAAGUGCCACCUGAAUAACCCUGCUGCA